AUGCGCAUCCUCGUGCAUUCCGGCUUCUUUAUUAAGGAGAAGCUCUCCAAAAAUGCGAAGGAAGAACAAGACGGCUAUUUGCUCACACCGGCCUCUCGGCUCCUACUGAAAGAUGAGCCAUUGAGCGUCACACCAUUUUUGUUGGCCAUGUUAGAUCCAAUCUUGACAAAGCUGUGGCAUCGUGUGAGUGAAUGGUUCCAAAAUGGCGAUCCCACGCCGUUUGACACAGCUCAUGGGAGGACGCUUUGGGAAUAUGGGCGACAUGAACCAAGGCUGAACCAUUUCUUGAAUGAAGCAAUGGCUAGUGAUGCCCGGUUAGUCACAAAGGUGCUUGUUAAGGACUGCAAGGGGGUUUUUGAGGGCUUGCACUCGUUGGUUGAUGUUGGAGGUAGCACGGGCACAGUGGCAAAGGCCAUUGCUGAUGCUUUCCCAAACUUGAAGUGCACUGUGUUGGAUCACCACAUGUGGUUUCUGGCUUGCAAGGGACUGACAAGUUGA